AUGAUACCGGUAGCCAUGCAGUAUAUGCGGUCAAAAGGUAGCCAUGGUGUCAGAACGAAGCAGCAACAUAAGAAAAAGACCAAACGGACGGUGGAGAUUGUGCGACCAUGGACAUUACCACAGUAUGAAGAGCUGUCAAAGGAAGAGCGUGAUAUUGUACUAGACCGACUUCAAAAGGAGGUGGUCGACGUGCCGUCUACGCGUAGCUACGCAGUGCAAGGCAUGAAUCAAGUGGCCAAGGCAGUGAUCCGAGGAGAGCUACGAGUAGUUGUUUUUGCUAAUAACCCUGAAUCACUGGUAUAUGGCCACUUGCCGCUGCUUUGCCGACUACACCAGGUGCCCAUCUGCGUGCUACAUCUCUCGUCCAAGACAUUUGGUAGACUCUUUCAGUUAAAGAGCAUGACGGCCAUUGGGAUUAAAGCACCAAUGGUGAGUGAGAGUGAGGGUACAAUAAGGAGUAAAAAGUUGGACGACUCAAGUACUAUAACUGAUACGAUAACUGCUACUACUAUGACUACUAUUCCUGCUACUACUACUACUAGUACUACUACUAUUAGUGUUUCGACUAAGAUGUUGAAGCAAUUGACAAAAGCGGAGUAUGAGAAACUCAUGAGCACCAUUGACUUUCUUCUUUCUAAAGCAAGCAACAGCAUUAUGUAG